UGAUUUUGCCGCGGAAUCUGAAAGAUGGAAAGUGAUGCGAAAGAUCUCCCCGCCUGCAAAAGGUUAGAAGAAUUAAGGGAUGGGGAUUACGUAGUGACCCCUGGAGGGGACAUAUCCACUAUGAAAAAGCCCGAUUGGUACGAUGCCAAAAAAUUCAACAAGGCGAAAGAAGUUUAUAGGGAAUAUUUUGCAUGCGUGAAUUUCAGUCAUCUUUGCGGUCUAUUGCUGUCCUUUUAUUUUACGAAGAACAUCAAGACUCUAAGGUCAACAGGUGAAUCAGAAAGCAAAACAUCCCUCUUCCACAGAUAUCUCCUCACCAUCCGACAUACCCAGAAAUGGUACGAAGGUGAUGUGUGGGACGUCAAUGACCCCGCUCACAAAUCUCUGGCUACUGUCCGUGCCAUGCAUGCCCGAGUCGCCAAAAGAAUGGCUGAAAGGAAUGAUGGUGUUGUCUACGUUUCGCAGUGGGACAUGGCUGUGACGCAGUGGGCUUUCGUGGGCCCCAUGGUCAUGUUCAGGUCGAAAGUUGGGCUCCAUGGAUGUACUGAUGAAGAAUAUGAUUCCCUUAUCCACUUCUGGAGAGUCAUCGGAUACCUGUUGGGAAUCGAAGACAGGUACAAUCUGUGUGAUGGUACUUAUGAUCAGGUGCUAACGGCUUGCAAAAGCUUACUGGAAAAGGAGUACAGAUCACGAGUGAAGGUUGCUGAUCCUUCCUCUGUAAGCAUGGCCAAGAACGUAGUCACUGCGUUGAGCAUGAUUGAUAUUCUUCUUACUUGGGAAUCUAUGGCAAUAUUUAUUCAUGAGUUAGUGGAUGUCCCUUGUCCUGUAUCCAUGAAUUGGAUUGACUGGGUGUGUAACUCUUUAAUGCGAUUCGUUUUUCUGUAUGUGGUUCAAUAUGAAACACCACGAUCUUUGUUUAAUGACUUAUUCCGAUGGAGAUUAGACAUGGCAGACAAAAAAGAUCUUCAGCUGACAAAAAUUGCUAAAAAGUUCAUUUCCACGAAUCUUAAAUCUGGUUGAAUUCAUCUUUUGAAAGAAUGGCAAGCAUGCAAAAAGUGAGUGAUACCAUACAUUCGCCACAAAUGCCAAAGAAAUAUGCUGCGCAUUUCAGAAUGACAAUAUAGUUUUUCAUCAACUAUUUAUGUUUCAACUCAUCUUCAAUCCUAGUUCAUACGAAUAAAUUUCCAGUUUUAAGUAACGUAAGAUAUUGUUAUGUUCUAAUACAUAGCGAAGCAGUUAUACAGUGCUUCUGAGUUAAUUACAUUAUUUUGUUUUUAGUUGCCAUCUUAUGCUUUACAAGUGAUUGCAUAUAUUUUAUUAUUUAAAUCUUUCUUCUUUCUUUUAUUAUUUAAAUCGUUCUUGAAAUUAGUGUAAUUGUUUAGAAGUUGGAUGUUUUAGGAAUGCUUGCAGACAAUGCUGUCAAAAAAGAGAAAAUGUGCUGCUCUUUUAUUCACAAUGCCGUGAUCUUAUCCACAUUAAUCAUGCGACUAAUAAGAUUAUAAUAACUUCAGCUCAGGGGAGCAGGAAGAGAGGACGACCGCUAGAACCUUUAGUUUUAACACAUAUUGCCGAUCCUAAUAUCUGUAACUCAGAGCCAGACUGACGUAAGUCCGAAAAUGGCGAUUCUCUAUUUAUUAGUUCAUUAUUAUGUAGAAGCUUAUUCCGCAUCGAGCCAUGUGAACGCAAUUCUUUUUAAAAAAUCCUUUUCAAUUUUUUGCGUGGAUUAAAAGAUGGUGCAUCCUUUCCUUUGCAUGUGCCAGAAAAAAAGUUUUUCUUCUCUCCUGUAAAAUUACCAUAGUGUGACUUAUAUCCUUCUAGCUCUGAGGUACAGAUAUAUUAUUUAAUGUAAGUGAAUUACUAAUUUGUAUGGUAAGAAAAUUCUGGUUGUGCUAAUACUUCUACUUAUAGAGACUUGCGCGCAAAUAUAUUUUAAAAGUCUCUACAAGCUAUUUCACUCAUUAAAAAUCGAAAAUACGGCUCAAAACUUGGGUCCAUUGUGUUUUCAGGAAUUGCAUUUCAAAUUAAAAAAUUAAAAUUGCAGAGAAUGAAGAAAUUGAAAUUUUUAAUUUAUUGCAUUUGAUUAUUUUUUUUUCAAAUUCAGAGUAUUAAUCAUUCAAAAACUCAAAUAAAGAGAGAAAAAAUCAAAAUAGCGCACUUCUUUCCCUGCCAUCUGCACUUCUACUUUAAGCAGGCAACCACACGAAUAGUGUAAUAAAAAAAAUAGUUUAAAUAGGUAGUUUGAAUAGGCAUCAAUCAGAAACAUAUUGAAACAUUUUUUAUUUAAAAAAAAAAAAAACUGUUUUUGCCAUCAUACCCCUGUUAUCGAGAUAUAUGGUCUUAAUAUGUGCCGAAAUUUUAAGAAAAGCUCCAAAUUUUAAGACUUGGUCAGAAAUUGAAGGUACCCGAUUCCGCCGCCUGCAUGUGGCAUAUCCAUCUGCAAAGCAUGUGAAAAAUAUCUUCCAUUAAUCACCGAAACUCGUAAAUUUGGCGACGUUUUUUGAAAUUUCAGCAGACUUUAAGACCUUAUUUUGAUAACGGGGAUACGAGGGCAAAGAAUUUACACGUCCAGGAACAUGUUUUACUAUGCUCUUUCAAUUGCUAUUUAGUUAAUUUUUUUCAUUAUUACACUGUCGUAUGGUUUCCUGGUUAGCAGUGAUGUUCCCAUAGGGUAUACUUCAUAUACGCCGUAUACUCUCAAACAUUUUUUAGACACAUAGCGUAUACCCUCAAGCUUCAAAAAUUUUCAUUUAAAAUCAAGUUUUAUCAUCGUAUUUUUAAAUUUUCCUAAUGCAAAAAAAUAUAUUUAUGUUAAUCACAUUUUCCUACAAAUAAUUUUAUUUCUUUGUAUUUCUUAACAAAUAAUAAAGCAAUUCCUUUUGAACGCCUUAUAAUCGUAUACACAUAUUGUGCAUAAUGGAUAACUGGGAGCAUACCCACAGAAAAAUUGAUGAGAGCAUCACUGCUGGUUAGAAGCCUAGUUUUUCAUGACGUUGCUCACUGAUAUGAUUUUGAUUGUUUACGUAUGUUUCGCUCCUCCAAAUUAAGUUCACUCCUCUAAAUGUGUCAAGAAGUAUUUUUACACCUUCAAAAAGCCUAGUAGUAUUAACUCUUUACGUAAGUGCUCCCACAAAUAUUUCUGCCUAACUAAAGCACUUCAUCUGAUCUAUGUUUUAAACACAAAGCAUGAAAAGUUACUGUUCUUUAAACAGAAGCUAUACAUUUAUUUCACAGCGGGGAUCGAACCCGAGGCCCUUCAAUCACCUUGAGUAAUUUCAUGCAAAAUUAUUAUUAUUUUUUUUUUUUCAAAUUCAGAACUGCUUUACUUAAAACAAUCUUUCUAGAUCCACUAUUGUAACAUUUUAGCUUUGCACGAGAAAUCAAUAAUGUAAGUAAAGCUAUAUAGUGUGAAAUUAAACCAAUUAAUGUUUUUAAUUAGGGAUUUUUGAGAAAUAAUUGAGCGACUUUUGUUUAAUUUACGUAGCAGUAAAGGAAAUAAGUUACUUAUAAAUUAUUUCAAUAAUUUCAUACCUAACUUAUAAAUUUUCUUGAAAAUGACUACUAAAUUAAAAUUUAUUAUUAAAGUUGAUUUUAGUAAUUAGUUAGAUUAUUAUUUUUUUUAUAGAUAUUUUCUAACAUUCUUCACUUUUAUAUUGCUCGUUGUUAUUUGAUUUUUUGAAUGCAUCUCUUUGAGAUUUUUUGAAAACAUCUAUGCAUAUUGUAGAUAUAAACCACCGUAUUUUUUUUGUGAGAAUAUUUUUGUAUGAUUUCAUCUAUUGUUCAAAUGUGCCAUCGAAUAAGUGCUGUUUUCUGUUGUGA